AUGAGUAUUCCUCUGCGAGCUCUCAGCGGCUAUCGGCCUCUGUUUCCUGUCAGUGCCUGGCCGCGGCACUUCAGCAGCAAACCUGUUGUGUCUUCAACAGCAGCAUCAAAUCCAUUUCCCCGUUCGGAGUCGUCUCCCACGAGAGACGCAGCAGCAGCAGCAGCAGCAGCAAGGCCCGCAGCAGCAGCAGCAGCAGCAGCAAGGCCCGCAGCAGCAGCAGCAGGAGCCCCUGUCCGCGGCUACCCACCCACGUCCGCCGCGGCUGCUGCUGCCGCUGCUGCUGCAGCAGCAGCAGCUGCUGCUGCCGCCGGCGGCCCCGCAGCAGCGGGAACUGCAGCAGCAGGCAAACCAGCAGCAGCAGCAGCAGCAGCAGCAGCAGCAGCAGCAAAACUGCACAACGCCUACCCCGAAGUCCCGCUGCUGUUCUAUAGAGCCACUGACUUCUCCACCAGCAGCAUAAACCACCGGCUGUUUUAUGCCAACGUGGUUUUGCUGCUGCUGCUGUGGGCAGCAGCAAAAGUUGUUUUGGACGUUUGA